CUUUUCUUUUGUUCUUGUAACCCAAAACCCAGCCAUAAGAAGGAAGCCAACUGGCACUCAUAUAUAUAUAUAGAUGACGAACCCAAAACCCUAACUCCUUGACACCGCCGAGAUCUCCGUCUCCACAGACAUGGCUACCAAGCAGCCAAAUACUGGCCUCUUUGUAGGACUAAACAAGGGUCACGUUGUAACCAAGAAGGAGCUGGCUCCACGUCCCUCUAAUAGAAAAGGAAAAACUAGCAAAAGAGUCCAUUUUGUGAGGAACUUGAUCAGGGAAGUUGCUGGUUUUGCCCCAUAUGAGAAGAGGAUCACUGAGCUUCUGAAAGUUGGUAAGGACAAGCGAGCUCUCAAGGUAGCUAAAAGAAAGUUGGGAACUCACAAAAGGGCCAAGAAGAAGCGUGAGGAGAUGUCUAGCGUUCUCCGCAAGAUGAGGGCCCACACUGGAGGUGGAGAAAAGAAGAAGUGAAUCAUAUUUUCUUGAUUUGCUCUCUGAUGACAAAGUUCGACGCCCCCAUUUAGUAGCUCUUAGUGAAGUUUGUUUAGCACAUGUUUUUAAUAUUUUGUUUGAGACGGAGAACUAUGCUCUGAAACUUGUCGUACUUGAAUUAGAGAUGAGAAAAUUGGAAGAAUUAUCAUCAUUAAAA